GAGUGAUGCUGCCGCCAUAGGUGGAGGUUGCAACGGAGCAUGUUGGGAUUAAAGCUGUGAUCAUCGACUGCUCCCUGGCUGCGCCGGUCAGCGUGACGCACAGAAAGUGGAGGCGCACAGCGACAGGAGUCACAUUGGAUUGGAGCCAGUGGCAGCGGAGGGAUCACCAAGUUGAGGGAUGCUGUCGGAGCGUGCGGCUGCGUGAGAAGGAUGCUCUCGCCUCGGAGUUGUUAUUGUGCGACAACUUUGGACUGAAAACAGCGAAGAGGAGCGCGUUCGCCUGAGUGGGAUGUAUUUGUUUGAACUGCAAUAAGAGGAAAGGGUCAAGUGGACGCGGUUUUAGGCUGCGAGGAGAUUUGCUUUGCGCUGCGAGAGGAGCGGAACAAAGCGUGCGCCAGGCUGAGUACAAAUCUGGGUAAACAAAUAUGACGGAUUUUGAGGCUGCAUCAGAUCUUCUAAUGAGCACCUUCGUCGCCAAUAGAAUUACAAACCUCGGGUGAAUUCUGGAUUGUAUUUGAUUGUAUUUUUAUUUUAUUUUUUAUUUUUAUUUUUCGGUGGAAGACGGGAUCUAAUCCAAGUGGCGCAUCUAUCCCUCCGGCUGCGCGUAAUGGGAGAAAAGUUUCGAACCUUGCAGAGGAGACGCACUCGCAGCAUCCAACCGACGACGCGUUUGUAAAUAACAUGUGAAUCCCGCUUUUCCCGUCCGCGACUGACCAAGUUUUAAAGUGAAUUUCUAAUAAUCAGCAUGACUUGAAUCACCGCCGGGGUUAUCGGGACUCUCAUCAAGCCAGUUAACGAUCCAUGAACCAACGACCCGAUUUGUCCAAAGACGCGCAGACGGCCGUUGAUGAUAUAAAGAGGAUUUCUGCAGCAGCAGCAGCAGCAGCAGCGCACUGAAAGCCAGAAUCCAGUUAGGAAGAGAGGCUCCCUCUGGAUGUCUAUGAUGUUGUGCCAGCUCGGGCAGAGGUGUGUGAUGGAGGUGGUGGUGCUGACCAUCCUGUCCUGGGUGUCCGUGUGGGCAGAGGAGAAGAUCAUAUUUGACAGACACGCUGUUUACUGGAACAGCUCCAACCCCAAGUUUUGGCACGGAGAGUACAGGGUGGCGGUGAACAUCAACGACUACCUGGACAUCUACUGUCCUUACUACGAGGGCCCCCCGUCCCACGGGCGCAUGGAGCGCUACAUCCUGUUCAUGGUCAACCACGAGGGCUACACUUCCUGCCAGCACAGGAUGCGCGGCUUCAAGCGCUGGGAGUGCAACCGCCCCAGCGGUCCAGAUGGACCCCUGCGCUUCUCAGAGAAGUUCCAGCUCUUCACGCCCUUCUCCCUGGGCUUCGAGUUCAGGCCCGGGCAUGAGUACUACUACAUCUCGUCUCCCCAUCCAAACCAUGUGGGGCGGGCAUGUCUAAAGCUGAAGGUGUAUGUCAGACCUCCAGAUGGGUCGGGAUACGAUUCUCCGGAGCCCUUCCUGACUGAUGGAGGUCCAAGCCGGAGGGCAGGGUCCGUGGCCCUGUUAGCCACCCUGGCCUCGCUGUCCCUGGGACUCUUCUACUGGCUGUGACCCCCAUACCCUUCUCUCCUGGAGCUCCCACCCAGGGAUAAUGGGCCCGGGCUGGCUGUCCCUCAAAAUCCACCACCCCUCAGGGAAGCUCUCUGUCUACGCCCCCGCUCCCCCUCUCCCUUCCUUCCCUUCCCACCUCCACCUCAAUACGACCACCAACCACCCCCACUGCCAGCCCCCCCCCCCCCCCUCCCCUCCCUUUUCAUGGCCCAGCCAUGGACACCUUUCCCAAGCCUGACUGAGAGGGUCUGGAGCUGUCCGGGAAGCCGCCCUUCAUCUCUAAUCCCUGAAUUCUGGGUGGAACAGCACCUCUCAGCUGAAAAACACAAGAGAAUUGUCUCUGCACUCAUAUCAGGGGGACCUUUUUGAUUUGACUAUUGACUCUUGGCCACUGAUGGGGUAGAUGUAGCCACGGCUAUGAUUAAACUUGUCGUUCCAGUGCAGUUCCUAUCAUCCAAUCGCGGCAGGAUGCAUUAAGCGAUAGGCCUGGAUGCACAAAAAUUGGAUUUUGCUCACAUUGCUUUCCCAUCCUCAGACCAAGAAUUGGAAGUGGCCAACCUUGCAUUGUAAUUGGAAUACUAUACUAUCUGGAUCGGGUCCAGCCGCAGCGAGAAUGCACAGAGGAGAGGGGGGGAAAGUGUGCAGAAGAGGGGGAGGCGGUGGGGCAAACAAUGCGGGCACAGAUUUAAAUAAAUACGGCCAUUUGGGAUGUGUAACAUUAUACGUGUUGAUAUUUUCAGACCCAGCGUAGAUUCGCCGCAGUGUGAUCUAAAAAGUCUUGUAGUUUGAUUUUUGUGAGAAGCUCGGAUGUCACUUUUACGAUGACAAGUAUAACCAUAGCCUGUUUCCGUUGGGGGCGUUUAUUGGGGGGGGGUGUAGUAGGGAGGUGUUCUGGGUGGGUUUCAUGAGAUGUAGAUUUUCAGGUGGGAUGUGUUUUGUCUUAUUCAUGUUUCUAAACAAAGCAUUUAUCACGGCCUGGUCAGCACAGGCAUCUUCAGCACUGUCUAAUGUCGACCGGGUCGGGUGACUUCUGGAACCAUGACUUUCUCAUGUAUGAAUGUACCACUGGUCACCCACCUCUUUGUCUUUCUGUAUUGUUAUGACUGUGGUCACUUACGGUACCUUCUCUCGGACUGGCAGGACGAACGGUUUCGGGGAGGGAGUGGGAGGGGGGAGGUGGCAGCAGGUGGGAGGAGGGUUAGGCGAAGUGAGGAUGAGCAGAGGGCAGGUGAGAAAAGGAGGCGACACUCAAGUUGCAUGACCACUGUGAAACCUUCAGAUCAAUCUUGUUUCUAAUGAUGAUAUAUAUUUUUUCAUGGGGGAUAAAUCUGAAACACCCUGCUACCGCUCUCGUGCUCUCCCCGAGACUUUUUUUUUCUUUUUUUCCCAGACAUCAAAAGGAAAAUUCAACCUCUCUCCUCACACGGCUUCUCCUGUCUGGCUUUCAGUCGUUGAUGGAUUAGCUUGGGCCGGGAGAUAAAUGGACCCACAGGGUGAAACUGACUGGAAAUCAGCCCUCGGAGCCCAAGCCAGAUCGCAAUGGACGUAAACACAGACUGAAGCUGGUCCCGGGUCUGAGGGUUAAACCAAUAAGGGAAGCGCAUAGACUGUGGUAAAUGAGGCGAGGUGUGCGCACGCGCGCGCGGGUGUUGCGUGUGUGUGGUAGCAUCACAAAAACACACGCAUGCACACACACAUACACACACAUGUAGUGUUUGGUAAGUAGGCUGCUCCUCCGAGGUGGUCGGUGGGAGCGCUCGUGGACAUGACCUGAUAGGGAACAGCACAAAGAGAGACCGGGGGGAGCGUCAUGGGACUGAGACUUCUUAAGCGCCGGGAAGUAUUGAGUAAGCACUGUGAACACACACACAUGCAUUACACACAUGACGACCCAUGUACAGAUAAACAGGUACCGACAUAUGUAGAAAAGCAAAACGCAGAUGUAGACAUUUCCAGAGACAUGGCAUGGACAUACACACAUGUACAAAGGCAGACACACGCGAGGAAACACACAACAAAAAGGGGAGGCACUUCUUUCCCUAUUUCAUCUUAUUUUUGUAGCAUUUAAAAUCACUGUUAUUUACUCCUGUGUGGGAUGCAGUGAUGGGGGUAUAGCCUGUGGACGAUUAAAAAAAAAAAAAAAAAAAUGUGUCUUCUCUUCUUCUGUACCACUGAUGCUAUUGUUCUUCUACUUCUUCUACUUCUUCUUCUUCUUCUUCUUCUCUGGUUUGUGAUCCAUGGUUGGUAGUGGUAGGAGGCCUCCAGGUCUGAGCGUCAUGUAUGAGUUUGUCUCCUUUUCUGUUCGUGGUGUUUUUGUUUCUUUUUUGUUUUUUGUUUUUUUUUUUUGUUUUUUUUCGUGGAAGCUGACCUCAGUCAUUAAAGUCAGUCAGUCAAAAGUAAACACAGAAGUCAGAGAAAGGAGAGAACCACACAAAUAAAGAUUGUCUUUUUGUCUACUGGAAAAAAA